GAAAACAGAAUGGACAUUAAUAAGCUCAAGAAGGGUCUCAACGACACCACUGAAUCCGCAAAGGAUCAAAUCAAUAAACUCUACGUAGAAAAACCAGGCGAGACCGCAAACGAUGCUUUGAACAAGGGCAAAGAACAGGCUGCCUCUGCUGCUGACAACGCCAAGGCGGCCUUGGACAAGGCUCUGGGCAAAGGAGAGAACAACAACGCUUGAAAGGGUCGACAUUUAAUCAGGUAACAUGGUUGGGCUUCCAUUCUACUAUUUGUGCAUAGAGACCCGCUACGGUAGGAAUGGUUAGAUAAACAACAUAAGCCAUUUGAGGU